AUGGCGCUCGACUUCUUAGCUGGAUGCGCCGGGGGUGUAGCAGGCGUGCUGGUGGGACACCCAUUUGACACGGUCAAGGUGCGGCUCCAGGUGCAGAGUGUGGAGAGACCCCAGUACCACAGCACCAUGCACUGUUUCCAGACCAUCAUCAAGCAGGAGAGUGUACUGGGCCUCUACAAGGGCCUGGGCUCGCCCCUCAUGGGGCUCACCUUCAUCAAUGCGCUCGUGUUCGGCGUGCAGGGCAACACGCUGCGGGCGCUGGGCUGCGACACACCGCUGAACCAGUUCCUGGCUGGCGCAGCAGCUGGCGCCAUCCAGUGUGUCGUCUGCUGUCCUAUGGAGCUGGCCAAGACGCGGUUGCAGCUGCAGGACACGGGCCCAGCCCGCACCUACAAGGGUUCGCUGGACUGCCUGGCACAGAUCUAUCGGCGCGAGGGCCUGCGCGGGGUCAACCGGGGCAUGUUGUCCACGCUGCUGCGCGAGACACCCAGCUUCGGCGUCUACUUCUUCACCUAUGACGUGCUCACACACGCGCUUGACUGCGAGCCCGGAGCGCCACUGCUGGUACCCAAGCUGUUGCUGGCCGGCGGCACGGCUGGUAUCACCUCCUGGCUCUCCACCUACCCCAUGGACGUGAUCAAGUCACGGCUACAGGCUGACGGUCUGCGGGGCGCCCCACGCUACCGUGGCAUUGUGGACUGCGCUUGCCAGAGCUACCAGGAGGAGGGCUGGCGCGUGUUCACACGGGGCCUGACCUCCACGCUUCUGCGUGCCUUCCCCGUCAAUGCCGCCACCUUUGCCACCGUCACUGUGGUACUCACCUAUGUGCGGGGCCCUGAGGCCACCCCCGCAGCGCCCACCCUGGCCCAUCCCUCCAGCCUGUGAUUCCCCUAGCUGUGGGCAUCGCCUCUGGC